AUGACAAAGCUUAGUUAUGAACCAGUUCAACACUUCAACUUUACGCAUAGUGCAUUUUCUUUCAAUGGAAAAUUUUCCCUGUUCAACUUGUAUUUUCGGAAGAACCCCUUUGGCAGUGAAUAUACAGUUUUUGCUAGUCUAGAAGAGUGCAUAAAGUUAAUUGCUAACUUCAGAAUCGCAGAGGAUGAGAUUGCUUUUAUCCAAGCAUCCUUGCCUCCGUCAUGUGAGGACGGCUUCUACGACUACCUUCGAGGAAUGAAUUGUUCCAAUGUGGAGAUACAUUCCAUUUCUGAAGGAUACGUUGUAUUUCCAAAUGUACCCUUAAUGAGGGUUGAAGGACCAAUAGCUGUGGUUCAACUGCUUGAGACACCACUUUUAAAUCUUAUCAAUUAUGCAUCGUUGGUAGCUACAAAUGCUGCAAGGCAUCAUUUUGUUGCUGGGAAGUCCAAACUUCUUCUUGAAUUUGGGCUACGAAGGGCUCAGGGACCUGAUGGUGGUAUAGGGGCAUCAAAGUAUAGCUACAUGGGUGGAUUUGAUGCUACAAGCAAUGUUGCUGCUGGGAAAUUAUUUGGAAUCCCACUCCGUGGAACACAUUCCCAUGCUUUUGUCAGCUCAUUUAUGAGCCGUCAUGAGAUCACUGAUAAAUUGCUUCAUAGUUCUGAUGGUUCAAAUGCUUGCGAGGAUUUUGUUAGUUUGGCUCAAACAUGGUUAAGGAAAUUGAAGGUGUUCUCAACCUCAAUCUACUUAUAUUAG